UAUGACCUACUCAGCUGGGCACAGUAGGUGUGUUUUUCCCUCUCAACACUCUUGAGUUUUGUCGUCUUUCCAUGUUAAAGGUGUCUGUCGACGCCUUCUGUGCUGUGAAUCAUCCUUUUUUCAGCAGGCGACGUUGAGAGGAAGAGGGCGGGCCCUGUGGACUCUCCUCUCACAGCCUACUGGCUGCAGCCGAGCUGGAGCGUCUCUCAUUGGCCAAUGAACAACGGUACAAGCAGAGGCGGCGUUCUGAUUGGGUGAGCCGUAUGUCCGUCAACAGCCCAGUUCAACUCGGCCAUCUGGUUCUGCGGGGAGCUGACAGGAGCCUCACCCGCAUCGAGAAUUUAGCAGCGAGCUGUAAUAACUACAUCUCCAUCAUGCUGCUUAUGACUCGUGCCCUGUUUUACGUGUGUGGAGAGGUCAUCUUUGCAUGCUUCAGCCUCGGCGAGCGGAUUAUCUGCUGAGAAACACGAUCCCAGAGUGCUUUGCCCGUUCCCUCUCACCAUGGCGACAGUAGUGAUGGAGCAGAUUGGACGCUUGUUCAUCAAUGUCCAGCAGCUUCGUCAGAUCCCCCAGCUGCUAGAAUCCGCCUUCCCCAAGCUUCCCUGCACUGUGACUGUCGAUGACGUGCCCUGGGUGUUCAAGGAGUCUCACAUCAUCACAGGCUACCGGCCACCUGACCAGAGCUGGCGCUAUUACUUCCUGACACUCUUUCAGAGGCACAACGAGGCAGUCAAUGUGUGGACGCACCUGCUGGCUUCCCUAAUCAUCCUGGUGAAGUUCCAGGAGGUGUCUGAAACAGUGGACUUCCUGCGAGACCCCCACGCCCAGCCUCUUUUUAUUGUGCUUCUAGCAGCAUUCACAUACCUGGCAUGCAGCGCACUUGCUCAUCUGCUAUCUGCCAAAUCUGAGCUCUCCCACUACACUUUCUACUUCCUGGACUAUGUGGGCGUGGCCGUGUACCAGUAUGGCAGUGCUCUGGCUCACUUCUACUACGUAGUUGAGGAGGCAUGGCACGCCCGCGUUCGAGGGUACUUCCUGCCUGCUUCAGCUUUCCUGGCCUGGCUUUCCUGCACUGGCUGCUGCUAUGGCAAGUAUGCAAGUCCACACCUGCCCAAGUUUGCCCACAAGCUGUUUCAGGUGGUGCCCUCAGGCCUGGCCUACUGCUUAGACAUCAGUCCAGUGUUGCAUCGCAUCUACAGCUGCUACAGCUCCGAUCAGGGAUGCACUGACCCGGCCGUAACAUACCACUGCUACCAGAUCCUCUUCUUCUUGGCGAGUGCCUACUUCUUCACUUACCCCCACCCGGAGUGCUGGUUCCCUGGCCGGUGCGACUUCAUCGGUCAGGGUCAUCAAAUUUUCCACGUUUUCCUCGUGCUAUGCACGCUGGUGCAGAUAGAGGCAGUGCGCCUCGACUACAGCGAGCGGAGACCCCUGUAUGAACGUCUCCAUGGUGACCUGGCUCACGACGCUGUGGCUCUCUUCAUCUUCACUGCGUGCUGCAGCGCCCUGACGGCCUUCUACGUGCGCAAGCGUGUGAAAGCCUACCUCGAGGAAAAGCAGGAGUAGAUGUCUUAAGAAAGUGAGGCUUAAGGACAAGACAACAUAACCCUGCUGACCCUGGAGUAGUGAUCACACCGGCCUACUGAAAACACUGAACAUUGUGGACCUGCUGUUGUGUUUGGGUUCCUGGAGGGGUGGGUGGGAUGGUUGAGGAUAUAGUUUUGUUUUUGUAACAUGGCCUGCCAAAAUUGUAUUGUCAAUCAGCUAUGUACUGUUUACUGCAUUUAUACUUUAAAACUCUGCCUCAAAUGAAGACAGAAGAUCUAAGAAAAUGAGUCGAGAGGCUUUUGCACUGAUAUCCACUCACAUUAUGCUCUGAAGGGGUCAAAAAUUUCAGUGCCAAUGAGAAGCCUUUUAUACCUUUCAUUUGCAUGAAUGUGUGAGUUACUUUGUUUGUGUGAAAAGGCAUUAUGGGCAGGAUUAUCAGCAGAUGUGUAUGGGAUAAAAACUGGUCUUCGAAAAAGUGUGUUGGGAGGGAAAAAAGGUCAGUUACACUAAACUUAGCAUGCCAUCUGUGUGCUCUCUUAAAAUGUAGUUGAACACUGUCAUUGAGAAUCUCUGUGGCCCAUGUUUGCAAGCAAUGGGAUUUGUUUAAAUUUGGACUCAAACUGGUUCAAUUUAAUGAUGCAUUAAUGGGCAUUUCAAGCAUGGCUGCUAGAGAGGAGAUCCUCAAAGACUUGUUUUCCAUUCUUAGGAAAAAUAGUAUUACUUGCUUUUAGAGUUUGAGAGACAGAAUGACAGCAGUCACUCUGCUUUGUUUGCAUCAUGCCAUUAAGCAGCAUGCUGACAUAACCUUAGUCACUUUUAGGCCUGAAACAUACUUCAGUCAAGGAUGCAACCUUGGAUGCUUUGAGCUACUCAGUUUGGGUUUUGUGUUUAGUUUUUAUACUGUUGACAUGCUUUCCUCUAGUCAGCUAACAUGGCUUUAACCUAAUUCUAUGUACAUUUACAAAAUGUUAUAACAUUUACAAAAUGUUGUGCGAAAAAUAGUGAAAUAAUCACAUUUCUAUCCUUUGUAGGCUAAUGUGGUUGCAAACUGAAAUCAAAACAAACAAAUUUAUCUCAAUCUUUUUACUUUUAGCAGAAUAAUCUUUGUAGCCACUGCAGCCUUUUUAUAGCUGUGCUAGGGCUGGGCGAUAUGGAAAAAAAUCUUAUUACGAUAUAGUUUUUCAUAUCAGCCGAUAUCGAUAUGUAUCACGAUAUAAAUCAAAUCACUUUCUGUUACACUUAAAGGUUUCUAUUUUUACUCAGAAGUGACAGAAUAAGGGAGUUAUGGACAAAAUCACUAGCAGGCUCAGAGCCUUGUGGACAGACACUAGGAUGUUAACAUCUUGCCAGGUGGGUACAGCUUUUAAAUUAAUUUUAAAAAGGGGACAAAUAUAUAAACUAAAAAAUAUGUAAGACCCUUUACAUUAUAUGUCUGUUUAAUUUAAAUUGCAAUAACACUUUAUUUAUUUUUAUAAAAUUAUAUUUAAUCAAAAGAUCAUUCCCCUCCCUGAAUGCAGGCAACUACAUAAAGCAAAAUACAAGAGUAUAUCACAGUGUUCAUUUUGACAGGUGAUUUUGAUACAGUCUUAGUCUUUUCACUAAAAUGUAUAAUAGUUUUAGUUACAUUUUAGUCUAUCGGAUAUUAUUAGUUUUAGUCAGAUUUCAGUCUAGUUUAAUUUUGGUCAUAUAAAAAGUAUGUAUUACAUAUGUUUUACUGUUUUUCUAUUUUCUAUUUGUUGUAAUUUUAGAUAAUUUACUGCUUAUGUUUUUUUUUAAAUAAGAGCCUUUAGUUUUUUUUUUCAUUUAAAUUAAGCUAACAUUUAAAUAUUUAAAAAAAAAAGUGGCCUAUAAUGGAGGUGGGAGGAAUAAAGUCAAGUUUCUGAAAUGAUCCACUUCUACUGCAGUACAGAUUUAUACUAACAUUACUGGCUUUCAGUAGACUAGACUUACAUUA